UUCCUUUGUAUGGACAGCUCAAAGCAUGUUCGUCCUUAAUGAAUGAAUACUGCUUUCUUUCGAUAAAUGGCUCAAAGCAUGUUCCUUCUUAAUAAAGAAACACUGCUUUGGAAUCUGACGAUCUAUUUCCACAACCUCUCUGUACGAGCGUCUCUAUCUGUACCUGCACUUAAAUUUAAUUAGAGACAGACAGACGGUGAUGGUUCGCGUUAUUCAUAUCCACAAAAUAAGAAAACACGGUCUUUGCAAACCCAUUUGUUUCUGUAACUGAAUCAAGAAAUGAGGUUAGCAUCUCUGCAAGUAUCUCGACUUUUAUAAAAUUCUCAUUUUGGGUGUCGGGCAAUAUCGAUCAUGAGUGUUAGAGACUGUAAAGUCAAAUUCGAAGUUCUUCUUUGACGUUCGUUUUUCAGCAUAAAUUUGUCCGAAGCCCUGAGAUUUUUAGCCGGUAUCCAUAUUGAUAAGAUUUUUGUUCACUAAUUUAGCCAAGCUCCAUCAAUUGACUCGGUUACUGGAAUUAUGGGUUUGUUCCCAUUCAUAAUCUUGCAUCUUUGUCUACUCGUUAUGUUUGAGACCUGCAUUGCCAGCAUUCAACAGUUUGGAAAAAUAUAUCCUGGGUACCAAGCUUCUCAGAUGGUAUAUAUCGAUAACAAAGGUAUAUUUCUACUGUCGAACAAUGUGAAAUUCGCUUUUGGAUUCUAUACCAGUUUGGAUGUUACACUGUUUCUUCUAGUUAUCAUUCACAUACCUAGUUCCAAGGUGGUCUGGACUGCCAAUAGAGACUUAUUGGUUCAAAGGACAGAUAACUUUGUGUUCGGAAAGAAUGGAAAUGUUUACUUGGAACGUGGGAAUGGUGUUGUUUGGUCGACAAACACUACAGGGGAAACAACCACAUCCAUGGAAUUGCGCGAUUCAGGGAAUUUGGUGUUGGUUGGGGUUGGUGGAAGAAUUCUAUGGCAGAGUUUUAGGCAUCCUACUGAUACCCUUUUGCCUGGUCAGGAAUUCUUGGAAGGCAUGCAGCUCAAAAGUUUUCCCAACCGUAAUAACUUGUCUCAACAUCUUGAAUUCAGGUCUGGUGAUUUGGUCUUGUCGGCAGGGUUUGAAACUCCACAAGUUUAUUGGUCCAUAACAAAUGACAGCCGGAAAACCAAUAACGGCAUCAGCGGCAAGGUUCAUUCUGUGACUCUGGCGUCCAGUUCCUGGAAUUUCUAUGAUCAAAAUAAAACCAUACUUUGGCAAUUUGUCUUCUCCAAGAAUCCUGGAUGGAAUGCCUUCUGGGCUGCUGUUUUAGGCUCUGAUGGGUCGAUCUCAUUUUAUAAUCUUCAAAAAGGGGCAUCAAAUUGUACUCCUGAGGCAAUCAAAAUACCACAAAGUUCUUGUGCCACUCCUCAGCCUUGUGGCCCGUACUAUAUCUGCUAUUUUGAGAACAGAUGCCAAUGCCCUUCACUUCUCAGCUCACACUCUGAUCUUUGCAUGCCUCACAUGAAUUUAACCUGCGAUGGCUCCAAGAGUUCAGUAAAGCUUCUACAUAUUGGCGAUGAUCUUAACUAUUUUGCACUGAACUUUGUUACACCCUUGAUGACAUCUGAUCUAAAUGCUUGCAAAGAAGCAUGCCUAGGAAAUUGUUCCUGCCUUGUGCUGUUCUUUGAAAGCAGUUCUGGGAGUUGCUUUCUGUUUGACCAGGUAGGAAGUUUCCAACGGUCUAAUGCGGGUUCUACUGGUUAUAUUUCGUAUGUGAAGGUUUCAGGUGGGCCAAGUCCUGUCAUCGGAAAUGGAAGGAAGCACAUCUUUUUAAUCAUGGUCGUGGCUUUUGCAACUGUGAUGGUUAUUUUUGGACUGCUUUAUGCUGGAUACUGGUGCCACCAUAAAAAGAAGAUAUUAAUACAAUAUCCUCUGGAUGAUUCUGAAGAGGAUAAUUUCUUGGACAAUCUUCCUGAGAUGCCUCUUCGUUUCAGCUACAAUUAUCUUUCUAGAGCAACCAAAAACUUCUCUACAAAGGUUGGCCAUGGAGGGUUUGGCUCAGUCUACAUAGGUGUGCUCCCAGAUGGUACUCAAGUGGCUGUGAAACAGUUGGAGAGCACUGGGCAGGGGACAAAAGAGUUUAAAGCUGAAGUUACUACCAUUGGGAAUAUCCAUCAUGUACACCUGGUCAACCUCAAAGGCUUCUGCGCUGAAGGACCCCACCGGCUUCUUGUCUACGAGUACAUGAGCAAAGGGUCAUUAGAUAAAUGGAUCUUCAGCAAGAAUGGGGACGGUCACUUGUUGGAUUGGGAUACAAGAUUUAACAUUGCUUUGGGAACAGCAAAGGGGUUGGCUUAUCUCCACGAGGAAUGUGAAGUGAAGAUUGUCCACUGUGAUAUCAAACCUGAAAAUGUUCUUCUGGAUGAUAAUUACGUUGCAAAAGUUUCAGACUUUGGUUUAGCUAAGCUAAUGAACCGAGAACAGAGCAUUGUAUAUACAACACUACGGGGUACAAGAGGGUACCUUGCGCCAGAAUGGAUUACCAACUUUGCCAUCUCAGAGAAGAGUGAUGUAUACAGUUACGGCAUGGUCUUGCUUGAGAUCAUAGGAGGAAGAAAGAAUUACAAUUCGAGGGCUAAUUCUGAGAAAUCGCAUUUUCCUUCUUAUGCCUCCAAGAUGUGGGAAGAAGGAAAAUUGAGAGAAAUCCUUGAUACAGAGCUAAAGAUUGAUGAAAACGAAGAAAGGGUUGUCACUGCUAUCAAAGUUGCAUUGUGGUGUAUACAAGAGGAUAUGCAUUUAAGGCCACCAAUGACUAAAGUAGUGCAUAUGCUUGAAGGUUCUUGUGCUGUGCCUCCGCCUCCAACAUACUCUCAGUUGGGUUCUCUGUCAGGUUUCUCUAAAUGGGGCAGUCAAGGACCUGCUUCAUCUGGAGUACUUAAUGGUUACUUCAGUGAUGAGGCCUUGUCAGAUGUUCGCUUAUCAGGACCAAGAUGAUAGGACCAGAUCUUAUGGUAGAAUAUUUCAUCUUAACUUCUCUAUUGUUGUGAUAAGUUUUGUAAAUUUAUCAUUUAUGUUAGAUCUCAAGAUUUGCUCAUCUUGGUUUCUGACAACUUGUUAACGUUUUUUCACAUGCACAUUGAGCUU